AUGGGCUCGCCUGCAAGCACAGGCGGCGGUAGCGCACAGCUCCUCCUCAUCCUCUUCAUCCUCAUCCUCGUCACAGGUUUACACCUCUCUGGAGCACAAUCUCACUCUCCUACCCCAAACCCAGUUGCAGUUGCCUCUCCCUUCUCCUUCAGCUUCGACUUCACCAACAAAUCCAACUACCGCCCAGAAGACCUCAAGUUCGAGGGUGACGCGACCCCGCGUGGCGACCGGGUUGACGUCACCUGCGACUCACACGGAGACGAGUCCACGAAUUGCAGUGGUCGGUUGUCGUACGCGCACCCCGUGCCGUUGUUCGACAGCACCACUGGCGAGGUGGCCAGCUUUCAAACGUGCUUCAAAUUUCUCAUCCACAUCGACAACUCUACGUCCAAGGAUGGUGGCAGUGGCAUGGCUUUCUUCCUCGGCAAUUUCGAAUCCACGAUGCCGCCGGACUCUUACGAGGGUGGCCUCGGCCUCAUGCCGUCCCUCUUUAGUGGGUUCGCCUUGCGCACCAACCAGUUCAUCGCCGUGGAGUUCGACACAUUCCAAGACGCCUGGGACCCCAACCCGAACUCCACUGACGAUCACAUCGGCAUCGACAUCAACUCCGUGAGCUCGGAGAAUUGGACAAGCUUGGGCAGCAUCGGCCUCAGACUCAGAGGCUACAUGACGGCCACCAUCUCCUUUAACAGCACCACCCAGAUGCUGGUCGCCAACCUGCAGUUUGAUGACCAUAAUAAUUCUGUCCCCGUUCAGGUCAGCAGGCAGUUACCCUUUCCGAUCAACACCUUGCUCCCAGCUCAAGUGGCAGUGGGGUUUUCUGCGGCCACCGGCUUAAGCAUGGAUCUACAUCAGAUACUGUCAUGGUCAUUCAACUCGUCCCUUGCUCUGCCCGACGAAGAUGAUGGCAUGGACGCGGUGGUUAUUGUAGUGUCAAUCGUAGGAGCUGUGGUGUUGGCGGCUGUGCUUUGGUGCAUCCUCUCAUGCUUCAUGUGCAGAAGGAGAACUAGAAGCCAUGACAUCGUGACACGAACUGGAGGACCCAAAGAGUUCGAGUACCGUGUUCUGGCUGCUGCAACGGACGACUUCUCUGAGGCGAGGGUUAUUGGGCAAGGUGCCUUUGGAGUAGUCUACAGGGGUACGCUGAGCUCCAACGGAUCAUCAUGGGGCGCGUCCUUGAGAGAAUUGGGUGGUCUAUCAUCAAAGGAAUCAUGUGCAUCGUCCUCCAAGGAAUCAGAUAGCGGCGAGGUGGCUGUAAAGAAAAUCUUGAAUAAGAUGAGGGGAGGAAAUCUGGACUUCUUCACCGAAAUGAACACCAUUAGUGCAGCAAAGCUCAAAAAUCUCGUCAAACUGAAAGGUUGGUGCUGUAGGAAACACAGCCGAAACAUACUCGAUUGCAUGUGCUGGUGUUGUAGGAAGAAGAAACAUGACGAGCUCUUCCUUGUCUAUGAACUGGUGCCCAACGGAAAUCUGCAGUACCACCUACACGAGAGUGAGCAAGUAAUAGCAUGGCCAACAAGGUACCAAAUUGUGAAAGGAAUCGGCUCUGCUCUGGUUUACCUCCACCAUGAGUGUGACCCUUACAUUCUGCAUAGAGAUAUCAAACCAGCCAACAUACUCCUUGACAACAACUUCAAUGCCAAGCUUGCUUACUUCGGGUUGUCAAGGGUUGGCAACCAGGACAAUGCGACGUUGAUGACACUCGCGCAAGGGACGGAAGGGUACAUAGAUCCAGAAUGCAGGAAAGAUGGGAAAGUCAAGUUCUACCCUAGAUCUGACGUCUACAGCUUUGGAAUCGUCCUACUAGACAUUGUAUGCACACGGAAGUCCAGGGAGCAAGUCUGGGAGCUAUAUAAAGGAGGCAUGAUCAUCGAGGCUGUAGAUGAAAGGUUGCAUGGGGAUGACUUUGAUAGGUGGCAGACGCAGAUGCAGCGUGUGGCCGUCCUAGGACUCUGGUGUUCUCUUCUUGAUGGUGCCAAAAGGCCUACCAUUCAGAAAGCAAUGGAGUUCCUGGAACGUGAUCAUGAGCCGUUGCCUAACCUCAACUAUGCGGUGAACUCUUGUGUACCCUCGACACAUCAUGAUGCCUACACUAGUCGCUGCUCUGAUGAGCAGACACUUAUGUCAGAUGUCAAGUAACAGCUAGAUCUUUCAGUGAGCCGCAUACAUGACUUUUCCGGUAUUCACGUGGACUACUUCAUUAUAUAUCCCACUCUCAACAUUACUUGGUACAACAUGGUGCAUGCUAGCUUCUUAUGCAUCUCCUUGUUAAUAAUGUUGCGUCUCUCAUCUGUUGCAAGGUCAGUAUGUAUCAUGUGGAUCACAAUGCAUGUGCUGACAGUGUGUCAUGUCAAAUCAACA